AUGGCCGUCAUCCGCUCGCCGGAAGUGCUGGUGAACGUUAGCACGUGGUGGAUACGGUUCGUGCUGGUGCUGCUGUUCCUGCAGGUGUUCCUGGACGUCGAGACGCUCGAUCUAGAAAAAUGCAAAAACCCAUUAGGCAUGGAAUCGUUCGCGAUUAAUGACUCACAAAUUACGGCCAGCUCGGCGCACGACAUCGGCAACGUGGGACCACAGCAUGCCAGAUUAAAAGUGGACAACAAUGGAGGCGCCUGGUGCCCGAAGCACAUGGUCUCCCGGGGUCUGAAGGAGUACUUGCAGAUCGACCUGCUGAAGAUGCACGUCAUUACCGCCAUCAAAACGCAGGGCCGCUUUGGUAAAGGUCAAGGUCGCGAGUACACCGAAGCGUACGCACUGGAGUACUGGCGUCCUGGAUUCACCAAGUGGAAGCGGUGGAAAAACACGCGCGAUAAUGAGAUCCUUUCGGGCAACAUCAACACCUACAGCGAGGUGGAGCAGGCGCUGCAACCAAUUAUUUUCGCCUCGAAAAUUCGCAUAUACCCGUACAGUCUGUACGAUCGGACGGUUUGUCUGCGGGCCGAAAUCAUCGGGUGCGAGUGGGACGAGGGCCUUCUUUCGUACAGCAUUCCUAAAGGCGUGAUCCGCGGCGUGGAGGUUGAUCUCUCCGAUCGGACGUACGAUGGCGAGGAGGAGGGCGAUCGGCUCGUCCGUGGCCUCGGACAGCUGGUCGACGGCCAGAAAGGCGCCGAUAACUUCCGCAUCGACAUACACGGAUAUGGAAAAGGAUACGACUGGGUCGGCUGGCGUAAUGAUUCGCUCGGCUGGGCUGGCAAGCCGGUCGAGAUGGUGUUCGAGUUCGACUCGGUCCGUAACUUCAGCUCCAUGGUCCUGCACACCAACAACAUGUUCAGCAAGGACGUACAGGUGUUUGUGCACGCGAAGGUAUUCUUCAGCAUCGGCGGUCAGCAUUUUACCGGCGAGCCGGUCCAGUUUUCCUACAUGCCCGACACGGUGAUGGAAAACGCCCGUGACGUCACGAUCAAGCUGCACCAUCGCGUCGGACGCUACGUGCAAAUUCAUCUCUACUUCGCGCUGCGCUGGAUUAUGCUGAGUGAAAUAUCCUUCAACUCCGCGCCCGUGACUGGCAACUUUUCCGACGAGGAAGUCAACGGGAACUCCAUCUCGCAGGAAAACUCCGUCGAGUAUCCACUGCAGCGCGACGAGUCCGGCAUCAAUAUCGUCAACAAGGGCGAACGGAAUCACGUUACGCAAAUUAUCUCACCGAAACCGAUCGAUCAGGAGCCGGAGCCACACUUCAUCGGCGUCGUGAUAGCGGUCCUGACCACCAUCAUCCUGCUGCUGAUCGUCAUCAUCAUGUUCAUCGUCGCCAAGAACAGACGGGCCCGGACGGCGGCCGUACUCGAUGCGCUGCAGCACAAUCUGCAUACCGAUAGCUUAGGUAUCGACAAGCGGCUGAACAGUAAUUUCAAGGUAUCGAUUGACGAUAAUGAAUCGAUUGAUAAGAGCAGCCUCUACCACGAGCCGUUCAAUGUAAAUAUGUACACCAGUGCCGCCAGCGGAUGCUCGAUGAACGACAUGCAGCGUCAUCAUAUCACCCCGGACUAUACCGACGUUCCCGACAUCGUUUGCCAGGAGUACGCCGUGCCGCACAUGCAGGACCUGAUACCGAAGAUUCCCGGCGGGUACGUGAGCGUCCGGUUGACACCGCCUACACUGAACAACAUCUUCCCGAAACCACCACCAGUUCCGCCGCCGCCGGAGAAGUACUACGCAGCGACGGCCAUCUGCAAGUCGUCCACUACUCCGACCACUCCCUCGAACCAGCAACAACAGCAGCAACAGCAGCAGCAACUAAAUGCCUACAGCGAUCUGGACCUCGGCAUCUCGGACGACGAUCUGCAGCUGAGCGAGUACCCGCGCGACAAGCUGGUGAUAGUGGAGAAGCUGGGCUGCGGUGUGUUCGGCGAGCUGCACCUGUGCGAGACGAAAGGAUACAGUUCCAGCCUCGUCGCGGUCUCGACGCUCCGGCCGGGCGCAUCCGAGCACAUGAAGAAAGAAUUCCGCUCGAAGGCCAAACAGCUCAGCCGGCUGAGCGAUCCGAACAUCGUGAAGCUGCUCGGGGCCUGCCUGAAGGACGAACCGAUCUGCAUCGUGCUCGACUACAAGUUCAGCACCGAUCUGAACCAGUUUCUGCAGGAGCAUACGGCCGAGACGGGCUCGCUGGUGCAGCACAACUCGCUAAGCUACGGGUGUUUAAUUUACAUCGCAACACAAAUAGCCUCGGGAAUGAAAUACCUGGAACAGAUGAACGUAGUGCAUCGCGAUCUAGCGACUAGGAGUUGUUUAGUUGGACCACAGCUGGAGAUAAAAAUCUGUACACUAGGAACUGUGAUAAAUCGUAUAGCAUAUCCUGCGGACUACUGCCACCUCGAGGGUGCCGGAAGACAAUCACAACCCAUGCCGAUCCGGUGGAUGGCCUGGGAAAGCGUGCUGAUGGGCAAAUUCUCCUCCAAGUCGGACGUGUGGUCGUUCGCGGUGACAUUGUGGGAAAUUUUGACCUUCGCGCGCGAACAACCGUUCGAGAAUCUGAGCGACGACAAGGUGAUCGAGAACAUCGGUCACAUGUAUCAGGACAACAAGAAACACAUACUUCUUCCAAUACCGGUCGGAUGCCCGCGGGAAAUCUACGAUCUGAUGUGCGAAUGCUGGCAGCGCAACGAGGCGAGCCGGCCGAACUUCCGCGAGAUCCACCUCUUUCUGCAGCGGAAAAACCUUGGCACAACCGCACACCGUUCUAGCUGA